UGUCCCGUGCAGAUGCUGAGACCUCCGCAGAGAGCAUCGGUGGCCCCUGAGUGGCCCUGCUCCACGCUGCCCCACAGCCCACAGAGCAGGGAGGUGGGCAUGUUGCAGGUGCUGGGAGCACUGGCCGUGCUGUGGUUUGGCGGCGUGACCCUCAUCUGCCUCCUGUGGGGGGGGCCCUGUCUGACCACCUGGGGCCAGCGGCACCCCGAGGACAGGCCCGCCAAGUCCCAGGGUUGGGGCUCCAGCCCAGCCUGGGAGCCCCUGGGAGGGGAGGCCCAGUGGCAGCGGCCAGACUCCUGCCAGCUGGUCCUCGUGGAAAGCAGCCCCCAGGACCUGCCCUUCGCAGCUGGCAGCCCAUCCGCCCAGCCCCUGGCCCAGGCCUGGCUGCAGCUGCUGGAUGCCGCCCAGGAGAGCGUCCACAUAGCCUCGUACUACUGGUCACUCACGGGCCCGGACAUUGGGGUCAACGACUCCUCUUCCCAGCUGGGAGAGGCCCUUCUGCGGAAGCUGCAGCAGGUCCUGGACCGGAACGUGUCCCUGGCUGUGGCCACCAGCUACCCAACACUGGCCAGGAACUCCACCGACCUGAAGGUCCUGGAAGCCCGAGGUGCCCAGGUACGAUAUGUGCCCAUGGGGAAGCUCACCAGGGGCGUUCUGCAUUCCAAGUUCUGGGUCGUGGAUGGGCGGCACACCUACGUGGGCAGUGCCAACAUGGACUGGCGGUCCCUGACACAGGUGAAGGAGCUGGGCGCGGUCAUCUACAAUUGCAGCCGCCUGGCCCGCGACCUGGAGAAGACCUUCCAAACCUACUGGGUGUUGGGGGCGCCCAAGGCUGUGCUCCCCAGGCACUGGCCUCGCACCUUCUCGUCCCACAUCAACCACUUCCAGCCCCUCCGGGCCCGUUUCGAUGGGGUGCCCACCACGGCCUACUUCUCGGCGUCACCACCCAAGCUCUGCCCCCGCGGCCGCACCCACGACCUGGACGCGUUGCUGGCGGUGAUGCGCGCAGCUCGGCGGUUCAUCUACGUCUCGGUGAUGGACUAUUUCCCCACCACGCGCUUCCGCCAUCCUGCCAGGUACUGGCCGUUGCUGGACAACGCGCUACGGGCCGCGGCCUUCAGCCGGCAGGUGCAGGUGCGCCUGCUGGUCAGCUGCUGGCUCAACACGGACCCCAGCAUGUUCUCUUACCUGCGGUCCCUGCAGGCCUUCAGCGACCCCGCCAUCAACGUCUCCGUGGACGUGAAAGUCUUCAUCGUGCCUGUGGGGAAUCACUCCAACAUCCCCUUCAGCAGGGUGAACCACAGCAAGUUCAUGGUCACAGAGAAGGCGGCCUACAUAGGCACCUCCAACUGGUCGGAAGAUUACUUCAGCAGCACCUCGGGCGUGGGCCUGGUGGUCAGCCAGAGGGCCCCUGGCCCCAGGGCAGGGGUGGGCACUGUGCAGGAGCAGCUGCGGCAGCUGUUUGAGCGAGACUGGAGCUCCCUCUACGCCGUGGGCCUGGACGGACAAGCACAGGGCCAAGACUGUGUGUGGCAGGACUGAGGCCCAGCCCUGCUUGGCUCUGGCCUUCACAGCUCUUGCGGACACUGCCUCCCACCAGGCUUCCCGGCCUGUCUUUCCUCUGGGCUCCAAGUGACUCCUUUCACACAAGCCAUGGUCAGGGUCAAGACUGCCCAGUGCCCAGUAUUGCGAACUGUUUGCUCUCCUCCUGCUGUUCAAAUACAGCUCCUUUAAGCCCCCA